AUGUCGCCAGCGCAUUUAAUUGACUCCAUUCCACCAUCGGUCAUGUCUGAUUCAGAACCUACUCGUGCAAACGGUGCAGGUCGCCCAAGCUCUAGCGGGGUCGCGAAACCUCCUGGUGCGCAGAUCCGACGGCGAGCGGCAGGCUCACAAGCCGCAAGGCCGAACUCGAGUCGCGCAGCGGGGGCAGGAGGGUCGUCAAACACCAUGCUCAAGCUGUACACUGACGAUUCACCGGGACUCCGAGUGGAUCCAUUCAUCGUGCUCGUGCUCUCCCUCUCCUUUAUUGCCUCUAUCUUCUUCCUCCAUAUUUCCGCCAAGAUCAUUCGCGCCUUCACAAAAUAGCCGCCUCGCAGUGCUGUUCGCUCGCUCGCUUCACGCCUUGCAUACGCGUUCCGGAAGGCUUGUCAAGUGUCCUGUGUGUACUCGUACAGGAGGGUACCGAAUCAUAUGGUGUGCAUGCGGUUUGGGCUUGCCGCCUUGGUUCAUGAUGACUUGGAUUAGGCCUUAAUUGGAUAUCCAGGUAGGGCGCCUGGAAGGACGUUCGUAUAUCAACAUACCCUAUCAUGCUGCAUUGCACAUGCAGAGCUCGUUAUACUAAACAGAGUCAUAUUACCCAUGCUUUGUGCAAUGCGGUUGCUGGUUUGCCAUGUUUGAGAG